AUGUCAUCUAGAGAUACCGAUGAGUACGGUUUAAAUGAAGUCGACGACUUUGCUGCUAAGAAAGAACAAGUUCUUUUGGAUAACUCCUCUUUGAAGAAUAGAAGAAGAUAUGGUGCAAGUGAUGAUGAUGCAGAAGAUGAUGAAGAGGAAGUUAUGUCUAUGACCGAUGACUCUAACGACGAUGAAGAAGAAGAAGAAGAAGAAGAAGAAGAAGAAGAAGAAGAGCUGGAUGGUGAGAAGGCAUAUAGACAAGUUUUUGGUAGAAAACUGGAUGUUUCUGAACCUAAUGUUGAAGAUGAAGCAACAGCAAUGCUAGAUAAUGAGCAUGCAUGGGGUACAACUAAGAAUGAAUACUAUGGUGCAGACGAAAUGGAGGAUGACGAGGAUGCAAAAGAGAUUGAAAAAGAAGCUCUUCGUCAACAAAAGAAACAUCUUCAAGCUCUUAAUAUGGAUGAUUAUUUAGACGACGAAUUGGACGAAGAAUGGACAAAAGAUGCUAAAGAAUUUGAUAUUUCUGAAUUUCAAAGUUCUAUAAAACAGACGAACAAUAAUGUAUCUACUAAGGAUAUAGCUUCUAUGGAUUCCGAGGCUAAAGCUGAAUAUAUAAAAACCAUGUUCCCUGAAUAUAUUCCUCUUUCUAAAGAAUUGACACUGUUAUCCGAUUUAUUGAGCACCAUGAAAUCAGAACAAAAUUCAGAAUCAAACAAAUUAAAAUUCUUCGCAUUGUCCUCAUAUCUUGCAACCAUUGCUUCGUAUUUCGGUGUUUUAUUCCAUGAGUUGAAAACAAAUGAAGACUUCGUAUCAAUGAGGGAUCAUCCUGUAAUGGAGGCUAUCCUGACAUCAAAGGAAGUUUGGAGACAAGCAGAUGAAUUACCGGAUAGUGAUGAUCUGGAUCAAACGGAACAAGUAGAUUCAGACUAUAAAUCCAUAGAUGAUGACAAUAUUGAAGAACUAGACCAAGAUAUGCUAAGUAAUAUUCCAGUCGCUCAAGAUGAUGUUGAACACGGUAUUAUUUCAGGUUCUGAAGACGGUGCUAACGAUGAAGAUAGUGAGGAUGAAGCUGAUCUAGACGAUUUCGAAGAAUACGUUAUCCAAUCUCGUAUUCCCAAGGAUAAAAAUAAUUCAAAUAAAACAAGUGAAGAAAAAGCAGAUGAUUUCUUAGAAUCUGAAAUGAAUGAAGUUGAUGCCCAAGAGAAGAAGAAUCGUAGAAGGACGUUACGUUUCUAUACCUCCAAGAUUGAUCAACAAUCAAACAAAAAAACUGAUAGAUUAGGUGGUGACGAAGAUAUUCCAUACAAGGAAAGAUUAUUCGAAAGACAACAAAGGCUUAUGGAAGAGGCUCGUAAACGUGGUUUAAAUGAUAAAAAUGGUGCUAAUCUGGAUGACAAUGAUUAUGAUUCUCAGGAAGAAGCCGUUGCUAAAUCUGUUAAUGAUGACAGUACGAUCAACUAUUACAAACAAAUCCAAAAAGAAAGAGAACUGAGAAAGAGUGAUCGUAAGGGUGCUCAUAAAACUGCUGUAAUAGCAGCUAGGGAAGGUAAAUUGGCAGAAGCUAUUGAAGCAGUUGGAGAAAAUGGUAAACGUGCCAUUAAUUAUCAAAUUCUUAAGAAUAAAGGUCUUACACCAAAGAGAAAGAAGGACAACAGAAACUCUCGUGUUAAGAAGAGAAAGAAGUACGAACAAGCUAAAAAGAAACUUAAGUCCGUGCGUGCCGUAUACUCUGGUGGUCAAUCGGGUGUGUAUGAAGGUGAAAAGACUGGUAUUAAGAAGAAUUUGAUAAGGUCUGUCAAAUUCAAGAACUAG